UCCAAAGCCAGUAAAUCCAGCAGCAAGAGCAGCACCCGCGAGUCGCUCCAAGGUUCAUGCCACUGUGAUCCUCCCAAACGUCCCCAGCGCAGGGGUAGUUGGGAUGAAGAAGAGCAACCACCAUUUCACGAGCCAACCUGCCCGCACCACCAUGACCAUGGCCAUCAUCAUCACCAAGCGCCAAGUUCAAAGUACUGCAGAGAAACACAGAAUGAUUACAACCACGAUGACCCGUAUAGGCUUGGCCCCUCGAAUACAGAACAACUCCGGGACAGGUCCCCUGCCGGCAUGCGGGACACUUCGCGCCAAUCUGGUCUCGACAGGUCUGGCUAUGUAAACGCCAGUGAUAAUAUGUCUCACAAUUCACAUGCCAUUAGAUCCAUCUCCGCAAUGAGCGUUGUGUCCGAUAUCACAGAUUUUACGGGAGCUUCCAUUCCUGUAAGCACCGGGGGCAACAGCCGCCCAAGCAUUGGACACCUGAGCCACUAUCAUGAUGAGAGGCAGAUGGAUCAAAUCCCCGAAGCGCCCGCAUACCAGCGCACUCAGACAUGGUCCCAUCCCAAUUCCCACCCCAGCAAUUUUGAGCAACCUCAGCCGUAUCAAAUGCAGCAGCAACAUCAAUAUCAGCCCGCUCCGCCUCCGAACCAUCAUAUUAUGCAACAACCGUAUCAUGCUCCUCCUCCACCUCCUCCUCCCCAUCAUCAGAUGCAUCAGUCCUUUCAAUCCCAUUAUCCUACUCCGCCACACCAUCAGAUGCAGCAGCAGUACCAGGUUCCUCAUCCUUCCCACCCCCCUCCGCCUGCUAGCAAUCCCCUGAAGGUUGAGAUUGAACCUGGUGUGUUUCGCACAUUGCGUGGCAAAGAUGAGACACUUCAUGCCAUGGAAUGUGGCUUCAUGAUUGAUCUUAGCUGUAUGGUGUGCACCAUGCAUGUCAGCUGCAUUGCAGAUGCUGAAUUUGUCCUGUGUCCUGUGUGCAAGAGUGUCAGUCCUAUUGUGAAUAACACAGGAAAUGGUGGUGGCGUUGGGUUGGGAGUCGAACCGGAUGACAAUUCCUGAGCAAGGUGCCACACUUUUGAAAAUGUUGCAACGGUACAGACUGAUGGGCGAGCUGCAAUGAUGUGGUUUCAUGUUUGAGUAUUGUGCUGAUAAUAAAAGCAAAGUGCUGUUAUAAUAACUGACCCAAUCGAGUACCAACUGGUACUCGAUGUGCGAAAAUUUGCCGGGCUAGUCGAUCAUUCUAGAAUUGACUCUGUUGAAAUAGCUCUGACCGCACCAGAAGUUAGGUUGCUUUGGUCAGUACAGCCGGUCCUGAAGUCCAGUGGACCUCUUUGAAUUGCAUCUUGGAGAAUGAUGACUUAAGGUUGUAGACUAGCUAGCUAGCUAGUAGAAGCUGACAGCGAAGACCAAGACACAAUUAAUUGUGUGCUCAUCACAUUAGUGUACCGGUGUGAGGUCUUUGGCAAAAGGCCAAAGAAUGCCCAAGUGGCGACGGCCCGAGAGCUGGACCGGCCUAAGCUUCUGUUUUUAGCCAGUAGAGCUGUCACAGGACCGUUAAAUUCAAAUUUUCGAACUUCCUUUUUCUCUUUUUGAACCAGCCUUCGUUCCUCGUGCUGUACUGUACGGUACGGUAGCUUCCUCUCUCUGCUUUGCUUCCGUUUGGGUACACGGAGAGCCCAGAGUGAGUGUGUUGUGUGUGAGAGAGGAACCUCUAAAGUUGGCAACAGUAAAGGGUGAAAGAGCUGAUGAAAUAUGCCCGACCACGUAGCCGAUUCGCAAAAGACAAUAGUGUUGAUCAAGGACGAAGAUGACGAGUCAUCGCUUGGAGCGAACGACGACUCGGAUGACGAAGAUGAAGAGUUUCAACAAUUGUCUCUUAAAAAGAGUGCCAAGACCAAGUAUCCACCUGGUUCAAGCGUUCAGGUUGUCUACUAUCAUACGGAUCAAAUGUUGGAAAAUGGAAAUGCGACACUCCGUGUGCAUAAGAUCCUGGUAGGGAAGGUUCGAAAGGUUGGAAUCGAUUGGUCCGACAAAGGCAAUCGAGACACCAUCUACAAAGUCAAAGUACUGCAGACGUUGCCAUGGACAGCCCACGAUGAUAACGAUAACCCAAGAAGCAGCAAUCUACUGUCUAUUACAGAAGACCAGCUUCAGUUUGCCAUGGAUUGUCCUGUGUGGCUGUGGCACAGAAACGGAGAAGCAGAUGAAGCUCGUCUUGUGAAAGCAUUCGUGAUUGCUUCGAGCCACUAUCCAGCUAUUCAAACAGAGGCGAGAGGAGAAAGAGAUGCUACGAUGAGAUUGCGAUAUACAGUGCAAUCCCUUUCUUCAGACGGCGGAAGAGUGUACCACGGAGUCUUACCGGAACAACUCACAUAUCGCGCUUCCGAAUCCCCUCCCAAGCCAAGAGCAACAACCAGCCGUGUUUUAAAUAAUAACCCUGGCCAGAGAGCUGGAGAGAAGCGAAAAGCUGCAGAAACUCAGAACAGUAGCGAUGCGUCAGAAAAUCUUCGAGCAUCCCGUAAAAGCACAGAGGCGACCACAGUGCCACCAAUCACGGCAGCUGUACAGGACGUUCACCGAGAGGAGCCAGAGAUGGAAAUGUCCGAAGGCUCAAAUAGUCAUGAUGGAAUGAUUUGCACUAUCGAAAACGCAGGGGACAACUCAUUCACUUCAGAUGACGGAGACAAGGAUCGUAUCGAAGAGGAACAACACAAUCCGCCUGCUGCCCCAGCAGUUGAUCCCAAUCUGCCACGAAACACUCACGAAUCCUUCGAGAAUGUUCCACCCAGAAUCCAAGAGACAAACCGCAGUGAUACUAGAAGAUACGAAGCCUCGAGGAACAAACGAGCGAAGCCAAUCUCUGAUCCGGGAGCACACGUUAACAAUAAUCAUGCUGACAAGGAAGGGUCGAAACGGAAAGGAAUGGGUCCUUCCAUCUACAGAAAAGUUGGAACUGGCUCUGCUGCUCAUCAAAACACAGCAGCGGCAAGAUUGGCGUCGAACGAGCCCCUCCCACGGAAGAAACACAAGGCGUCAAGGAAGCAGGCUGAAACCGUUGCCAAACGAAAAGAGGCUCCGCACAACUUGGCGGCUCUUCUGGAAAAGAUUGAUGCCUGCUCGACCUUUGCUGACUCAUCACUACCGGUAGAGCCUCUCGAAUCCCUCAGAAGCACCAACAACAGAUCCAAUGAAAUCAAAACUACGCAAGCCGCUGCGGGAAAGUACAAUGGUGACGAAGUCGUCAAAAACACCACACCCAGCAAUUUCGUAAAGAUUGCGUUUGGACGAAACCACCAAAUAGAAAAGGCAAGGCAUAGACUGGCAACAGAUCCAGGCUUUGGUUUCUUCAUUGCUCAACGGUGUCUCCGGUACCAUUUGAUGGGAGCAUGUAGACAAUCCUGUCCUCUUAGCAACGAUCACAUAGCCCUGGACGAAACGGCGGCAAGGUGUCUCGAAAAGCGUCUGAUGAGAGUCACAAGCGAGACCGGGCCUAUCUUUUGUGGCACCACCACCACAUCAAAUCCCAAGCAACACAAGCGCAGAAGAAGGCGAAGGGUGUCGGAUACAUCCAAAUAGUCUGCCGCACCAAGCUAUGUGUGCCACAAUCACCCGGAUAUCGUAAAUGAAUUGCUGCCUGUGCUCUUGCUUUCCUGCAUGCUUCGCCUACUCUGGGCGUGCUGCUCCCAGCCAGCAUGAAUAGGCCAAGCAGAAACCCUGAAAUCACAUAUCUUGUCAGCAGCUGCUCAUCUAGUUUGCAUCCUUCAGAACUCCAAGUUAGGACAGGGAAAUGUCGUUCAUGUCGCAUACAGGUAGGUACCAGUAGAGGCAAGUGUAGGUGCGGUCCAUUUCUCCGAAGGUUGAAUGAUCCAAAAGUUUUUGCUGAUUCUUAUUUUAAAAGAAGGCGUACGUAGAAGCAGUGUUGUGGACAUACAUUAAAAAAUUCUUAUGGAACCAGAACACACUAACCAACCUGAGCAUUGUCUACUCUUGAUUCAAUUCCUAACCUUACCAUACUAAAUGAUGUUACUAGUA